AUGAGAAAGCUAGAGAGAACUCUUCGAGUUUUUCCUCGAAAUGAGUUCGUCCGACACUGGGGAUUUUUUGGCCUUUGUCACUCUUGCGAACGCGCGGUCGAAUCAACUGCCGAGAUAAAUGGUCAACGAUUCUGUCGGGACUGCAAGGCUGAGAAAUUCCCAGAAAUAGUAACAGCAAUAUUCAACGAUUCUGAUGCCACCUUUGCCUGCCCUGCUGGGGCUUGUGGAGCUGACGAUCUUACCCUCGAAGGGUUUUGGAUUGGUUCAUGCUGUGAAAAUGCUGCUUCUUGCGUUGACGAUGAAUUCAAAUAUGAACGACUCUCGAUUGUCAACAAAAUUUACGAAGAAGCGAGAGAUGAAGAAGAUUCUGCCGAGGAGGAUGUUGAAGAAGCGUCAGAGGCGCUCGAGAAGGCUCAGAAUGAUGUCGAGAGAAUCAAAGAAGCUUUGCAAAACGCUGAAAAUGCUCAGCAGAACGCCGAGGAAGAACACGCAGCAGCGAAAGAAAAGCUCGAGGAAAAGAAAGCCUGGCGAAAGAAAGUUCAAAAACGAGCUCUUGUUCUUGCUGAGGACGCAAUGAAGGAAGAUAACCGCGACUUGGAUGACGAGGAUGAUUCUGAGGACGAAGAUUGCGAAGAAGAGGAAUUCGAAGAAGAAAAAGACGCUUACAAAUGCAAAGUCUGCUUUGAAUUCUUCGAUGACGAGCAUCAAGAAGCCGCGAUCUAUCCAUGCGGUCACAAAGCCUGCUUCAACUGCCUUUCUUCUCUUCAGCCCAUGGUCUGCCCAAUUUGCCGAGCGCCAUUUGCUCCUCGCUCAAUCCUCAAGCUUUUCAAUAACUGA